UGCACAAUUUGCUGUUCAAAUUGAUUUUUAUAUCUAAUAUAUAAAAUAAUGUAUAAAUUGAUUUUGAAAAUAGUAUAUAUAUAUUCAUGUUAUUGCAAAACAGAGUAAAAAACGUUUCAUUGCUGUUUAUUUACUAAAAUGUCCCCCAUCCCAUUUUUUGAUCAAUAUAUAUUUUUUAAUCAAUAUAAAACAAGCAGCUUAGCCUGAUCACUGCGUGAGUUUUAGUUCUGGGUGAUUUCUGAUACAAAAAAAAAGAAAAAAAGUUUGCAAGGGGAAUAAAAUCACGGAGGAAUCAAAGAAAUCAAAACGCAAUUUUAUUACUUUUUUAUCGCGCGGGUUAUCCUGAGUUGGUGACCGGCAGCCUGGCGCGCGCAUGCACACACGUGCGCUCAAAGGCUGCACACACACUGAGAGGAAAGGCUGGACACGGGUGACAAGAAAAGUCGGGGGGGGGGAAGUACCUGUACAGGAGUGAACAAGAAAAAUAUAGAAUGGUUUACGUUUCAUCAAACAUAAACAAAGAAAGUGACACAGGCGGACAGAGACGGAUAAAUAGCCGAGGGAGAGAGAGGAAAGGAGAGAGAGAGCCAGAGGGAGAGAGAGGAGGGGUUAUCCAGCCUCUGCCUCUUCACCCGACAGUGCCCCGCACUCUCACUUAAGCCGCCACACAGCGCCGGCCGGGAAAUAACCUGAAAUACUUUUGAUUAAAAAAAUCCUCCGGGUGACCUCCGGUGUGACUCAGCGUAACUUCUGACAACGACGCCGAAGUGUCCCGGUGUACUUUCUGAUCCUUGGCGGAGCGCAAACACGGAGUUACCAAGGUUCGCGACAGGCUCCAGCGAUGGUGACUUUACGCACGGGAUUUGGAAGCUGUUUGCACUGACUCCUGUUCUCGCCGCCGAAAACUCUGUCAGCGUCGCUCCCCCCGAAGAGUCGUCAAGUUUGCAAGAAGUACACAGCGCAUGACGAACGACUGAAUCCAGGUGAUGUUCAUGAAUUUUAAAGUGCAUCCUUAAGUGCGAAGAGGGUGUUGGAGCUGAAGCCUCUUAUUUCUGCAGCGGCAGCGGCUUCCUGGAGAUGAGCGCUUUUGUCUGUUGUGUGACCGCUGUGGCUUUAGGCAGAUCCUCCUCUGAUGAGAAUGAUGUCUUCCAUGCGAGCAACGCCUCCCUUUCAUCCACCGCCCGAGGAAGCGGAAGUGAUUGGUCAGGACAGUGCAGGCUGGGUUGGUGAUGAGCACGACGGCCCAAAGGAGACGGUGUCACCUUCUUUGCAUGACCAGUCCCACCCAGACGAACUGCAGCCAAUCAGAGAGAAACCAACAGACGCUGAGUGGGAGAAUGUCAGUCCUGCUGUGAUGGACAAUGAAAGCAGUAAAGGUGGCUCAGUCUACUCUUACCGGACUACAUCUACCUCUCCAACCAAGCCAGAGGAGUGUCCAAGGGAUCGCGGGGAGCCUGUGAUUGGCCUCGCCUUUGGGACGCCAGAGCGCCGCAAAGGGAGCCUGGCAGACGUGGUGGACACACUGAAACAGAAGAAGCUCGUCGAGCUGACCAAGACAGAGCAGGACGAACCCUCUUGCAUGGAAAGACUCCUCUCUAAAGACUGGAAGGAGCGCGUGGAUCGCUUGAACGCCACUGAACUCUUGGGGGAGGUUAAAGGUACGCCAGAGUCGCUGGAAGAGAAGGAGCGCCAGCUUUCCACCAUGAUCGGUCAGCUGAUCAGCCUGAGGGAGCAGCUUCUUGCCGCCCAUGAUGAGCAAAAAAAGAUGGCCGCCUCGCAGCUGGAGAAGCAGAGACAACAGAUGGAGCUGGCCAGGCAGCAGCAGGAGCAGAUUGCCAGACAGCAGCAGCAGCUCUUGCAGCAGCAGCACAAGAUAAACAUUCUUCAGCAACAGAUCCAGGUCCAGGGUCAUAUGCCUCCUCUGAUGAUACCAGUGUUUCCUCACGACCAGCGGUCUCUGGCUGCAGCUGCCGCCGCACAGCAAGGCUUCCUUUUCCCACCAGGCAUGUCUUAUAAGCCAGGUGAGAAUUACCCAAUGCAGUUCAUUCCAUCUGCAAUGGCAGCUGCAGCAGCGUCUGGACUCAGCCCGUUGCAACUACAGCAGCUGUAUGCCGCCCAGCUGGCAAGCAUGCAGAUCUCACCAGGAGCCAAGAUGGCUCCCCUCCCACAAGCUCCCAACUCCUCCAGUCCCCUUUCUCCCUCCACCCUCAAGAGCGAGAAGCGAGCAUCCAGCCCUGUCUCUCAGAUUAAGGAGGAAGGAUCCACACAGCCACUGAACCUCUCAGCUAGACCCAAGACAGCUGAACCUCUUCGCUCCCCGACAUCCCCAACACAGAGCCUGUUCUCUGGAAACAAGACCAGCCCUACAGGCAUGGGCAAAGGCCGCAUCCCCAGCCCUAUUCCCAGCAUGGGCCGGAACACCUCCCUGGACAUCUUGUCCAGUCUCAACUCCACAGCACUGUUUGGGGACCAGGAUGCAGUGAUGAAGGCCAUCCAAGAGGCCAGGAGCAUGAGGGAGCAGAUCCAGAGGGAGCAGCUCCACCAACAGCAGCAGCAGCCAGGACACCAGAGUCUGGAAGCAAAGCUAUCUGCCCUCAGCAGCAUGAACCUCAACAACGGCAACAAGGAGCGGCUGCACUAUGAGACACUGAGCCAGCACCUGGGGAAGCUCGGAGAGGAUGCUGGGAAGAUGGUCCAUCGAGUCAUUGACCUGACAAGACCAGAAGAUUUAGAUGGGAGUAACAUCGCAGAGGCACGGGUGUUCAGAGAGACACGAGGCAGGAACAACAGCGAGCCCCACAUCAAGAGGCCCAUGAACGCCUUCAUGGUGUGGGCAAAAGAUGAGAGGAGGAAGAUCCUGCAGACCUUCCCCGACAUGCACAACUCCAACAUCAGCAAGAUCCUUGGCUCUCGCUGGAAAGCCAUGACAAACCAGGAAAAGCAGCCAUACUACGAGGAGCAGGCCCGCUUAAGCAAGAUCCACUUGGAGAAAUAUCCCAACUACAAGUACAAGCCACGGCCCAAGAGAACCUGCAUCAUUGAUGGCAAGAAGCUACGCAUCGGGGAGUACAAGCAGAUGAUGCGUUCACGACGUCAGGAAAUGAGGCAGUUCUUUGUGGGGCCUCAGCCACCCAUUUCUCUGGGCAACAGUCCUGGAGGUGUAGGAGUUUACCCGGGUGCCAUAAGUAUGGCAACAGCAGCUACACCAUCCCCACAUCUGACCUCAGACUGCUCCAGCAACUCGGCCAGUCCUGAUCCUGCCAUCCCCGUCAUUCAGAGCACGUACGGUGUAAAGUCUGAGCCUGGCAGUGGAGGAGGCAGCAAUGGCGGUGGGAUCGGAGCCUUGGAUCUGCCCGGCGACCACAAUAAUGGAGACAAUGACAUGGACAUGUAUGAGGACUUUGAGGAUGAGCCCAAGUCAGACUAUAGCAGCGACCACGAGACACAUGAGGCUGUCAGUGCCAACUGAGUAAGCUCAGGAUGUCAGAUGUAAAAAAACAAAAAAACAAGAGAAAACAAGAGAACAACUCCCAUUAUAGUCAGAGACAUUUCUUAAAAAGACAUUUUAUUACUGAGACCUUCAGUUAAACCUUUCAGGACAUGUUGCGUCAUGCAUUGAGCAUGCCCCAACAGGAUUUCAGAUCAGCUCAGACAUGCUCAGAAAGUUCUGGGACAGUAUCUUUGAUGGACACCCAUUUGAAGAAAUGGAAAAACGAAGGAAUAGGAAAAACGUGACCCAAGAAUACAGUCUGAUCAAUCUUCAGACGUCCAGCUGACAAUGAACUUCAGUUUCCUCUACUUUGACAAUCUUAACAGGAGCGAGAAAAAAAAUGAGUUAGACAACAGAGAGAGAGAGAGAGAGAAUGGGACAAAGAACAAAUGAGCGACGAACACAUUGCUGUGUGGUUUGUAAAAGGGCAUGCAUGGAUUUCGAAGAAUUAGGAAUCGGUCUUCAACAGCUAUUUGGUCUUAAAUGUUUAAGGAGUGAUUUAGUUUUCAUUGUUAUGUAUUUACUUUUUGUCUUUUUUUUCCUUUGUGCUUUUUUGUUCUAUAGACUUUUUUUCUGACAGGUCACUGCCUGUACAAACUCUAGACUGUCAGAACUUGAAAUCUGGAAAGUUUUUAAUAUAAAUCCUAGCUCUUGUAACCUUAUAGUCUUACUUUUGUUUCUUACGAUUACAGUGCUACACACUUUUUUUUCUGACAAACUGCUUACCUUACAUUACUGUUUCUUUUUUUUAAAUAUCCCAGCUCAGGUAUGAUGUGCCAGCUUGUGAAUGUGUUAUUUGUUUUGUUUGUUUUCAUACAAAAAGAGUGGUAGGACUUUUCAGACUGUCAAUGAAAUAAAGGGAGCAAAUUCCCUUACAUUAUUAUCAUUAUUAUUAUUAUUAUUAUUAUUAUUAUUAUUAUUAAAUAAGUAAGUACCCAUAAAUUGUACAGAUUUUCUUCAAAUGUGCCAAACAUUCACAUUCACUUGGGAUGUUGUAGUCUUAAUUUCCAAUGCUGCAAAAGUCUUAUACAAUCAAUUUUUUCUAUUUGAUGAAGUGGGUUCCUACUCAUCAACUGCUGGCUCCCCUCCUGGCCCAAACACAAACAGUGCUCAGGGAGGUUAUUUUUUCAUCACACUUGCUUAGUCACACACACAGACACACACAAUGUCGUUCUCUGGCAGACCCUAAGGCUCUGAGACGUAGUUAGAAGAGCAGCAUCGAAGGCGCCUAUUGCUUUAUUCCACUGCACUAAUGCUUCCAUAAACCACACUGCCCAAUGUUCUUUGAGGCCAAAUGCAUUAAGUGCAGUGCAGUGCAGUAUUAGAAAUGUUUCUGUCCCUUUAAAUCAGGCUAAAGGUAAAGGUAGCCUUUAGCUUAGUUUCACUUUAGGAAUCCCCCUAGUCUUAAAAGUGUACCAUUGGAUCUGUUCAUUCAGUUGGAAUAGGAAGAUGAAGGUGCACCCCUGGCUGACCCUACUGUAGGAUAAGAAAUUGUAAUAUCAUAAAUCCCUUCACUGUAUUGUGUUUAGCAUUGGUACAAAAAUGUAACAAAUAUUACUUCUUUUAUUAGCUUGUUAAUUUUUAAAUGUCUUCUUAGCAUUAUGUUGGAAAUAUAUGCCAAACUUGUAUUUUAAAAAAUUAUUUAUAUAGUUACAAAAAAAAUGGGUUUAAUAGGUCCGCUGUUUCAAAAGGGUACCUUUUUUUCUACAGUGCAUUUGUAUUUUGAACAUGAGCAAAUUAUUAGGAAAACAUUAGAGAAGGGGAAAGGUGCUUAACCAGUCUGCUUCUCAGUAACCACCGCCCCAGUCAGAGCACACAAGUUUUUCCACUCAUCUGAAGCGAGAUGUUUCUCUAUUGUCUUGAUGCAGCACAGCAGUCAGCAGUCUCUGAUUUACUCAAAUGUCUCUGCAGACAAAUCUUAUUUUUACUCUUUUCAAAGCAUUCUCUGAAAUUUUUAAUGUUUCCAUUCUUAAAACGUGUGACCUCGGGUGGUUUCUGGGUGCUCUGUUCAGCUGCUUCAGUCAUCUUGAUCCCAAAUUUCUCUUCACGACCAUAUCUGGCGGUUUUUACUUGGAAAAUGCUUCACAAGCUGGGACUGAACACUGAUUUUUGCUUGUGUUACAUUAAAAAAAGCCUCGUGCAUAGACAUUUCUGUUAGUCUCAUACACAUCCUAAGCACUGGAUAUGAAUCUGUUUUUUUGUUUGUUUUUGUUUUUUAGUAUUGACUAAUGUGAAGUUGUUGUUUGAUUUUUAAACAUGAUAUAUUAGUCAGUUAAAAGUCACAUUUUUUGAAGCCUGGUACAUGCGAGGCACCAGUAAAUUGCCAUUUCUUUGGAAGCAUUUCAUUUAUUUAAGCAGAUCUUGUUGCCGCAGCUCUAGUAUCACCUGAAGGGGUCUCAUCGCCUCUCUUUGGAAAGGUAACCUCAUGCUCUUGUCAGUUGUGACCCGCAGAGGAAGAACAUAACAUUUCCUGGUCACACACAUUUUUUUUAUUUUUUUUUGUGAUGAGUAUUGUAUUUGAAAUCCAAUUGUGCGUUUUAACAUUUCAUUGUAUUUAUUAGCCAGCUUUGGCUCUAAAAAGUGUCAGUACAACUUGGUGAGAAAGACAAUCAAAAAAUAUAUAUAAAUAAAAAAAAGUAAAGACUUGA